CAAAGAUGGUGAGGUUAACUGCGUCACUAGCCCUCUGUAAUUUUUUCAUGGAGUACUGUUGUUGAAUCACUGUGUAUCGAAACUAAGGGUAACAGCUGCCAUGGGAGAAGCAGCAGCACGACGAUUUGUGAAACAGGAAACCCGAACUCUGCCUGCAAAUCCCGGUUGCUUCAAAUCAAGAAAAGUUGUGGUUUCAUGUGUGUUAUUGGGGUUUGAAUCUCUUUUACUCUCUCUCAUCAUCGCUUAUGUCCCAUAUACGAAGAUAGAUUGGGAUGCAUAUAUGUCUCAGGUAAGUGGUUUUCUUGCAGGUGAAAGAGAUUAUAGGAAUUUGAAGGGAGACACAGGCCCUUUAGUUUAUCCUGCAGGAUUUCUAUAUGUGUACUCUGCUGUUCAAUUUGUUACAGGGGGAGAGGUAUUCCCUGCUCAGAUUCUCUUCGGUGUUUUAUACAUCACAAAUUUGGCUAUGAUCUUCUUGAUAUACAAUAAGACCAAUGUGCUUCCCUGGUGGGCCUUGUGCCUGCUAUGUUUAUCGAGAAGAAUACAUUCCAUAUUUGUGCUACGCCUCUUCAAUGAUUGUUUUGCAAUGACCCUUCUACAUGCUGCAAUUGCAUUGCUUUUGUAUCGAAGAUGGCAUUUGGCUAUGAUCAUUUUCAGUGCAGCUGUGUCAAUUAAGAUGAAUGUGCUGCUUUGUGCUCCGCCUUUAUUUCUAAUGUUGCUGAAGGGUUUGGGUUUGAGUAGUAUCCUAAUGGCCUUAUCAGGUGCAGGCAUGCUGCAGAUCUUAUUUGGAUUGCCUUUUUUGUUGGUAAACCCCACUGCCUACAUAUCAAGAGCUUUCGACCUUGGGCGUGUUUUCAUCCAUUUCUGGUCUGUGAACUUCAAAUUUGUCCCAGAAGCAAUAUUUACUUCGAAGAAGUUUGCUAUCAGUUUGCUGGUAGUACAUCUCAUUCUGCUUGCCUGCUUUGCUCAUUAUAAAUGGUGCAAGUAUGAAGGAGGGCUUCCUCAUCUCUUACUUUCAAAGUUCGUUACCAUGAAACACUCGAGAUUCGACCCUAAUAAUAGUCACUCCAAGAUUCUAAACAAUGACCAUAUUGUUACCACAAUCUUUGUUGGGAAUUUUAUUGGCAUCAUUUGUGCUCGAUCUUUACAUUAUCAAUUCUAUUCAUGGUAUUUCUACAGUUUGCCAUUUAUGCUGUGGAAAACAUCAUUCCCAAUUAUAAUACGUCUAAUACUAUUUGCUGGGGUGGAGGUUUGCUGGAACAUUUAUCCAUCAAAUGUAUACUCAUCUCCUUUGCUGCUAUUUAUUCAUCUAACGAUACUGUGGGGUCUCUGGAUAACCCCUUGUGAAUACCCUUAUAAGGAGAAUAAAGAUUCUCAGACAAAAGAGGCUUGAGUUCUCAUAAAAUUGUAGGGGGUUGUUAUCUCAGUCAUUGUUCUCUUGUUCUCCCUCUGUUGCUUCAGCGAAUGUAAUUUAUUGGUGGUCACUUAAAUUCUCAUUGAAGGAAUGUUUUGUUGGGAUGAAUCUAGCUCAUUCACUAGCUAUCUUUCGAUUUGA